AUGGUUACCAACAGUCGGAAAAACAGAAGGAAAUCGGGACAAAGUCGCCCUGUACAAGAUAAGGCAACUAAUGAAGAAGAUCAGAUGGAGACCGUUGAGCUGUCAAGAAUACCUCCAGACAAACUUAAUUACUUGAAUAUAAAUCAUAUCUUUUUAGAACUGCAUAAAUCAAAACGAAAGUAUGAAUUAGUAUGCAACGCUUGUGGUAUUUCUAUGACCACUGUUGGUGCAGCUAUUCACCACACUUCCAUGACUUAUCAUAAUGUCAAUGUUACAACUGUUGAAUUGAAGCAUACACUCUUUUACCUACCCCCUAUCACGGAGUCUCAUAGAGUUGCUUUAAACGCCUCACUGAAAUCGUCUACUGCUUCUGUUAUAGCCGACAGAAAUGAGAUACAACGGCGUCAAAACUUUGCAAAUGAUCUUAUCGCAGCUAUUGAAGCUCGAAUUCCAAAUAUAAGAGUGCGAGGGACUGGCAGUGUGUGGUUUAAUUUAGCGUUACCAGAUGUAGAAGUAUCAUUAGAUGCUGUCCGUGUGGAUGAUACGAAUGAACCUUUCUCACCUACAAAAGAAUCGGUUAUUGAUUAUGAGAAUGCUGGUCCUCUUAGCCCUCUGUCAGAUUCUAGUCAGCUGUCAGAUGAAGAGAAACGAGCAAAGGCUAAUUCAUUGGGUCUUGGUUACGUUCUAUCACACAUUUUCGAAUUAUUACAAUGUAAUGCCUGUGAACAACCAACUAGUGAAUUUGAAGACACUACAAUGUCAGAAGAGAAUAUUCAUAACUCAGUUGCUUCUAGUGACAAGACUGAAGCUAACCAGAUGUCAGAGUUACCUAAAUUCCCGAAAUUCCAAACUGUCCUACGAACGAAUACAGAUACCUUCUACCUUUCCCUGACGGAUCUCCACGGUGUUGCGUAUCAUAUAGGUACGGGUCAUCCAAAUGGAUACGAUCUGGCCAAAUUAAUUGAUACUUAUCUUAAACUGAAUGAUAAAGCGCUACAACUUUCAAUCUUAUUUCGAAAAUUGGCAAGAUUGGCUCAUUUAGAUAUGCCUGAAAAUGGUACAUUCGAUGAACCAAUUAUUCCCAUGUUGGUUAUAUUCUACUUACAACACUGUGAUCCAUCAAUACUUCCUAAUCUACAUAAUUUAUAUCGUCAGCAUAUCGAUAACAUUCCACAAGAUUCAUAUCAUCAAGUCCUGUUGCCGGAUGGUGAUUGUUCAUUUAUUACGGACAUAGAAUUAAUCCGAAGCUUGUGUCCUGAUAAACCUUCUACUGAUUCAUCCUGCGAGUCACCUAGUUUAGCUGAUUUAUGGCUUGGCUUUCUUCGUUUUUAUUUAUUUGACUUUAAAAUGUCCUCGUGUGCUAUUGAUAUUAUGCGAUCACAACCAGUUACAAAGUCUGGUGGUGCAAAACGUUAUUUUACAGUUAUUGAUCCUUUCAAAAAGAAUCGAAACCUGUGCAGUAAUGUGACUGCAGUUAGCCUAGAUUAUAUUAAUUCACAACUAUUGGCUGCAUAUGGUUAUUUCGGGGUACCACGUUUAGCCAAAAAUGGUCGACAUGUAUUCACAAAAAUAUCUGUUGCUAAAGAAAUCAAUCUUGUAAAUGAAGAGGAUAAAGGUGAUGGCGAUAAUGAAAAUGAACAUCAGGCGACUAAAACAAACACUGAACAGAAUGAAAAUACUACUACUACUAUUAAUAGUGCAAAAACCACACCUGAAAAAGGCACAAAAGUGAAGAUUGUUCAUAUAAUUCCAAUCUUCGAUGAUUCAGAUGGUUUUGUCAAGAAUUUAAAUAAAGUAACAAACUUGAUCAGUGAAAAAUUCCAUUCACUUUCAAUUGCUAGAAAUAACAUUGAUGCAUUCGAAUCUUUGGGAAGUGAAGAUCUAGUGAAUUCAUUGAAUGAUCAAAAUAAUAAAUUGAAAACUCUUCCAUUAUCACAAAUGCUUCCACAUUUUCUCUACUGUGUUAUGGAUGAAUUAUUUGAAUCAGUUGAUGUUCCUGGUCUUGUCGCGGCAUGUUCAAAUUUACCACAAUCGAAGUUUUUCUUACCGUUGACAGGAUCAGAUGAGAUGACAUUAUCCGAUUUUAAUUGGAUUGCACGGAAUUAUGCUUACAGGUUUUGGUUAAAACAUUUCAAUUUGUAUGUAUCGAAGGGAAUAUAUACAGUACAGAAAAGAAAAGUUGUAAGAUGUAGCACUUUUCUGUUCAGAAUGAGUCUCAAAAGUUGGCUAUCUACCCUUGACCCAUUAAAAAAGACUGUCAAUUCAACUAACGACGAUGCUAACAUACAAGAAGGAAAUGGUGCUGCGUUACAAAAACAGAAGAAUCAGAUGAAAAGAAAUGCGAAAGAUCAUAUUCACCACUAA